CAGAGAGGAAGGUUGUGUGACUCUCUGCUCCGACCCGGUCCCGGUAUCCCUGCGUAUUACCUCGGCUAUCUUUUUCCCUUCGCUCGUCGCGCCGAUCUGACUGAUUAUUAUUAUCGUUAUUAUUAUUUAUUUAACAUUUAGAAUUUUUUUUUUUUUUUACUUGAAAAAUGACUGAUUGUUCGAAAAGUGGAAAGUGUAUGUGUGUUUUCCCCUCGACAAGGGAGAGAGUAAGUGUAUCAAUAUGAAAACAUUGUAGAAGUAAAUGCUACAUGGACAGCGAUAAUGUAUUCUCAGUGUCAAACUAAUACCAAGAAGCCAGCUACUCCCCUUAUAUAUUAACGACAGUCGAAUUACCAAUAAAGAAAUAGAUAAGAAAGAUAUAUAUAAAUCCCCCAAUAAAGAAAAAAAAAACAGAAAAUAAGAAAGAGAAAUGAUGGAAAUGCGCACACGUACGAAGAAGUAAUAGUAGUAUUAGUAGUCCUAUUAAUACAAUCCUUUUAACGAAACGACUUGAAUGGAGAGUGAACCAUUGCGUUAUCCAUAGCCAAUUCUCCAAGUGGGGUUCCUAGUGCGUCGAUUCCAAGUGCGAGCCUCAAGUAACAACGAUGGUCUUCCUCGUACUCUUCGUCCUGUCCUUAUUGGCACAAGGGAGUAUCUGUGACAUCCCCGGAAAGCCUGGUAAGAAACCUAUCAACGGUUUAGAGCAUAGCCCUUUGACCGAGGUGUCAGCGGUGGUGGGCGGGCGGGCGGUUCUCCCCUGUGACGUCACGCCGCCCACACCCGGGGACGCGCCCAUCCUCGUCCUCUUCUACAAUGGCGCCACGGGAACGCCCAUUUACAGCAUCGACGCGCGCACGGGUCCCUUGACUCGCUCUAUCCACUGGUCUGACCUGGAGAGUCGAGCGCACUUUGAUGUGACCUCUGACCCGCAAGGCCUGGUCAUCGAUGACGUCAUGGCCAUUGAUGACGGAGAUUACCGCUGCCGAGUCGACUUCCGGGCUUCGCCUACUAGGAAUCUACGUGUCAGGCUGCUUGUCAUUGUUCCCCCGCAGAGAGUGAGCAUCUCCAACUCCGGCGGCCUGGAAGUCAGCGGUGUCAUAGGGCCUUAUGCUGUCGGGCGCACAUUAACACUUACUUGCGAAGUCCAGGGCGGUAAGCCCCGCCCACAAGUGAGCUGGUGGCAUGAGGGUUCCCUUCUUGACGACGUGGUGGAGAUGUCAAGCGGUGACAUCACGAGGAACGUCUUGACGCUGCCUAAUUUGACGAGGCAGCACCUGUACAGAGUCCUCACGUGUCAGACGUCGAACUCGAACAUGUCAUUACCGCUGGCUGCCACCGUGACACUGGAUAUGAGCUAUCCGCCCCUCGAGGUCAACAUCCUGGGCAACAACGCGCCGCUUUCCGAGGGCGAGCGAUACUCCUUAGUCUGCGAAGCUUCGGGCUCGAGACCUGCCGCGAGUCUGACCUGGUGGAUGGAAGGCGUCCUCAUGACGGAUACCAAGGACCAGAUAUUGCAGGAGGGCAACGUAAGCCGCUCUACCUUGCACGUGGUGCCAACGAGGAGCAAUGACGGAGACAUGGUGUCCUGCAGAGCCGAAAAUGCAAUGUUAGAAGGGGCUGCAAUGGAAGACACUAGGAAACUUAUUGUAUAUUACGCCCCUAAGCUGGUCCUCCGGGCGGGCGUGAGUCUCAACAUGUCCAACAUUAAGGAGGGCGAGGACGUGUACUUCGAGUGCGACAUCCAGGCCAAUCCGAAGGUGUUCCGAGUCCAGUGGUUUCAGAACGGCCAAGAACUCCACCACAACAUCACGGCAGGAGUGAUCCUCAGCAACCAAAGUCUCGUCCUCCAAGGUGUGACGCGAAAAUCCUCCGGGCUUUACACCUGUCGCGCUAUUAACAUGAAUGGAGAGGCCAGUUCGAACGCCGUGCAGCUCAGUGUUAAGUUCGCGCCCGUGUGCUCGCCCGACCAGAAGUGGGUGUACGGCGGCGGUCGGCACCAGCCCGUGAACGUGACCUGCCGCGUCGAGAGCCACCCUGAGGCGUCGACCUUCCGCUGGGCCUUCAACACGUCGAGCGAGUACGUGGAGAUCCCGCAGGACCGCAUCUUCUCCAGCCGCGGCCGCAGCAUGGUCGCCUACACGCCGCAGACGCACCACGACUUCGGUUCGCUGCUGUGCUGGGGCGUGAACGACGUGGAGGUGCAGCACCAGCCCUGCGUGUUCCAUAUCGUGCCCGCCGCCGUGCCCGAGCCCGUGCACAACUGCAGCGUGUGGCACAACGCCAGCGCAGCCGGCGAGGUGGUGGUGGCGUGCGAGGCGGGCUGGAGCGGCGGCCUCACGCAGACGUUUACGCUGGAGGUGCGGCAGGGCGGGCCGAGGGGCGGGCCGAGGGGUGGGCCGCGGGCGGGGGCAGGGGCGGGCCGCGUGCUGGCGGCGCUGCGGGACCAGCCGGAGCCGCACUUCACGGUGACGGGGCUGGCGCCGGGCACCGAGUACCGGCUGGCCGUCGUGGCCUCCAACGCCCAGGGCGCCGCGCCGCCCACCGUCCUCGUGCACCUCACGCCCAUCGACGUCGCCGAGAAGCGCACCAGCCCCUCCGCCGCCGACUCCGCGGGCGCCGGCUCCCUCGUCAGCCUCACGCCCAUCCUCGCCGUGCUGCUGGGCGUGGCGGCGUCGCUGGUCGUGUGCUCCGUCGUGCUCGUGGUGGUCAUGCGCGCCCGCAACGCCAACGCCCGCGCCCGCGCCGCCACGCAGACCAAGAUCAUCUACGACAAGGCGUCGCCGACCGCCAAGGGCGCCGACGACGGAGGCUUCGUGCAGCAGGAAAGAGGCCCAGACAUCAUCCUCGUCAAGAGCGAUACGAGGGUACCAGGUGAUGACAAGCAGCUGGUUCGGAACUACAUAAGAGGUCAAGACGGUUCAUUCUACAUCAACCCAGGCUCCUUGCUCAACAAUGGUGCAGUAGUGACCCGGGAGACGGAGGCUCUCCUGUCGGACCCGACGGUGACCAGCAGCGUGUGUAGCCAAGGCGCCGCCAUCACCCGCGUCACGCCGUCGUCCUCCUCCUCCUCGCCCUUCCUCGCCUCCGUCACCUCUCCUUCGCCCGCCCUCACCUCCACGGACUCCCUGGCCCGCUCCUCCUUCUGCUCCGGCCGCGGCUCGCCUCCUGCCUCCUCCGUGUCGACCAACAGCCCCCGGGGCUCCACGUCGACGGUGGCGCUGCACCCCGACUACUGCGCUCAAGAGGACCCGAGGGCGCCUCUGGUCGCCGCGCCCCUCGCCGCCGCCGCCGCCAGGGAGAGCUCCGUCUAGGCGCCAGGGCUAUAGAAAUAUCCUACGGUUUGCUUGCAGUCCUCAUCCUUCUGUAAAAAGAGAGAGAGAAAGAGAGAGAGAGAAAGAGAGAAAGAGAGAAACAUAGGCACGUCACAGACUCCUGGUACCAAGGAUCUCCUGAAGCUGAGUGAAGUCGACUGAAGGUGGAAAGGCCUACCGAGUUCUCUGCGUUCAGAUGUCCAUGGGUGUUCUGUUUCCUUUGUGUAAAGAACUUGAAAGAACUCCAUGUCAAGUGCCAAGGUUGAUUUUUUUUUACUGAAGGUGAAAAAAAGACAUUGAUUUCUUCUAACCAUGGUAUCAGGAGAGGAAAUAUUGUAUCAACCAAGGUAGUUAAGGUAUCUGGUGAACUGCAACUAAAAGUGGAGUGCAUGCAACACGUUUCAGCAGAUCCACUGUGACCUAUUGCAACAAAAACCUUGCAAAAAAAGAAAAAAAAAAGUUAGGUGUAAAACUACUGUGUCCUGAUCAUCCGAUGGCCAAAAUAUGUGCAGUCUUUGGGUAUAGAUGUGCUUCUCGCUCAAUAUAACCUCUCAGUUUUCUUAAACAAUAUUCCAAUCUGGCUGUUAUCUCGGUGUAAGACGAAACAUUAUAUAAAACAUACUUCUCAAAGAUUCCUAACAUCUCAGAAAAAAAAAAUAUAACACUAUAUGUGGAAGAGAUACACAUGGAACCGAGUAUUACCAAUUUUCUUCAGCCUGGGACCACUUUCAGGCGAAGAUUAACUCAAGGAUCUUCUUAUUCAACGUGUUCUGUCAGUAUAAAAAUGUGUCUGCUUGAAGUCUGGAUGGCAUUAAUCCUUAUGGGAACGAUUCUAUUUUAGGGAUUUUAGCCCUAUGGGAAUCCUUUUCAUCUUACGUUUUAAAAAAGGAAUAAAACAGGAAAAAAAAGAAAAAAAAAAAUUACAUGUACUGGCAGUAAAAAAAAAAAGGUGUUUUAUAUUUAUGUUGUGUAAUAAAGUUUUUUUUUCGGUGUUUCAAACUAACUUAGGAGGCAACUGAUGAAGGAAAAGAAGUUCAUUCUAAGUGACUACAGUAUUUCUUGUCCAAAAGGUGUUUCAUCUCUUAACAAGUGUCCGAUAGAAAGUCAGAUUAGUGCUUUUGAUGUACAAAGAAAAAAGAAAAAAAAGAACAUGAAGAAAGUGAAUAGAAAGAAAAAAAACUCAACGAAAUGAAUUGAUAUGAUUAGAUUUUC